CAAGCAGGAAGAUGCCAUAUAUCUUGUUAGUGGGUGAAGGGAACUUCACUUAUUCUGCAUCCCUCUCUAGCUUCAAUCAAGGGAAAGAUCUCAUUGUUGCCACCUGUUAUGAGACAGAAGAUGCUAUAGCCAAACAGCCUCUCUCAUCUGCCAAUGUGGAGCAACUCAGAAAAAAUGGAGCUCUGGUCUACUUUGAAGUGGAUGCUACAAGGCUAAAGGAUUAUGCUUUUUUAACGAAUCAUCUUUAUGACCGCAUUAUAUUUAACUUUCCACAUUGUGGAAGGAAGGCCGGAGUGAAGAAAAACAGGGAUUUGCUCUGCAGGUUCUUUCUUAGCUGCGCGGAUGUCCUUGCUGAGAAAGGAGAAGUUCACGUGGCUUUGUGCCAAGGACAAGGUGGCACCCCUGCUGAUGAGCCGAGGAGGGAGUGGCAUAAUAGCUGGCAAAUAGUGGCUAUGGCAGCAAAGGCAGGCUUUAUCCUGAGUGCUGUGACUCCCUUUACUUACGACCAGUACUUUGGUUACCAGAGCACAGGAUACAGAAGCCAAGAAAAAUCAUUCCAUGUAGCUGGCUCAUUGAAUCACAUUUUCACCAGAAGCUUACCACUGGAUAAUCUGACAGCAUUACGUCUAAUAGAGAGACUAACAGAUUCAUCAGCUUCUGUCCAGGAUCAAGGAUACUGUGACAAUCAAACAUUAAGGGACUUAAUUAGAAGAGGGAGAUUCCAUCCUGUCAGUCUGCUGUAUGAAGGUCUUAUUGAACAUUUUCAAAUGAACUUCACUUUGAACAAGUUGGAUGAUACAUUUCCUCUUAUUUGUGACGUGUCCAGUUUCUCAAGUGUUUUUAAGUGUCCUUUGCCAUGUAAAAAUGUUUUCUAUGUCACAGAUAAAGACUUCAUUAGAUGUAGAACUUCUGAUGGUACACAGGAGACCCAUAUGAGUUGUUCUCAGCAUAUCAUUGCUGACGAUCUCCAUUCAGCUAACAAUUGUACACAUAACACCAGCAGUUAUUUAAGACCUUCCUUGACCUCUUUUAUGAAUGACAUAACUCAAAAAUCGAGCCUUACACCAGGUACUCUGUGUGUGCUCAGUGGACCAGUUUUCAGAAAAUGUUUAAUCUCUCCAUGCAUGAUGCCGAUCUACCAAGAACUUGUCAUAUUUCUGUGUUCUCCAAGUGACAAGAAGACAAGUCAUCUCCAGCUAGUAAUGGAAACCAUUGGGAAUGCCGUGUCCUCUAUUGCAAAACCAAUUUUAGAAAAUGAAGAACUAGAUUGCACUAAACAACCUUUAAAUGUCACCGGCUUACAUUUUCAUCAAAAGACUAGUGUGCAUUAUUUUAUUAACAUGUCUCCAGAUCAUUCGGAUAAGAUGAUUGGUACAAUCAGGAUCAUUAACCCUGGAGAACUGAGCAAUGAUCAUAGUUUUAUUCUAACAACUCUUAAUCUGGAUUUAAUGGUCAUGUGUCUUUUGGGCAUUGAAGACUGGAGACUGCUUUGGACAGAUGAUGAGCGAUUUCUACAACAGUUCAAGCAACGGAAGUUAAAACUGUUUAAGAAAUUUUCACUUUACCCUCCCUGUUAUACCCACGAUAUUAGUUUCUGGGUUGAAAAUGGCUCUGUCUUUAAUGACAUUGAGUAUCACAACAUAAUCCAGAGAGUGUCUAGGGGGAACAUCAUCAAUGUUGAGCUGCUGGAACAGUAUGAGGAUGUGAAAAUGGGAAAAACCAGUCGGUGUUACAGGAUGAUUUAUCAGUCUUGUGAUCGAGCUCUAAGCCACGAAUCAGCAUUAAAAAUGCAACUGCAGUUAAGGGAAGAGCUGAGAAGAUGUUUACAUAUUACUCUGAGAUAGACACACAUUAAU